AUGCUAAUCAAGAGCAAUGGCAAAGCUCUCCGGCGGCCUGUGCUGUCGCCAGAUGGCAAGUCUUUAGCAGUCAUUGCUCCAGAUGACCGGAUCCACCUCAUCAACCUCUCUGAGGCCGCCCAGGGUCGGAAAUUCAUCAAUGGUGUCAGAAUCAUCAAGAGCGUCCGCCCGUUCAUUCGAAUGUGCACUGUCCUCCGAUGGUCUCCAGAGGUCAUGUUCACCACCGGCGCCGACGAUCUCGAUGUCCUAUCGAGCACCACAUCAGAAUGCGAGCUCGGAAACUCCUGGCUUCUGCUCUCUGACACGAGGCGAGUCAUUGCCAUGAGCACCGAUCUGAGAAAUCCGAGAAUGAUGCCGACAGAGGACAAGGAGGGUAUCAAAUCGAAGAUUCUAGCCGACUACGAUCUCGGAAGCCAAAACGGCAAAGUUGGUCUUCUUGAGUUUGUCUUCGACCAUCGCCACGCUUUGGUGAUUUUCGAGUUAGGCUCGUCAGCCGCGAUCCUCAGCCUGUCUCGCCCUCAACGCGACGAGAUUCCCCACGUCAAAUUUCCUGACGCCAGGAGUCUGGCCCGAGCACCAGAUUCAAGAUAUUUUGCUCUCCUUCGGCGUGACAAAGCACAAGACAAAGUGACGGUGUUUCAUUUGGAUGACAAUAGUCUGCUGUCCUACAAGUCCUUCGACUGCAAUACCUCCGAUGCCCAGAGCGUAACCUGGUGUCCAACUGGGCAACCUCUAUUGGCUAUCUGUGACUCACCAGCUUACGGAGUCAAGGUGUCCUUCGUGACUGCUCAAGGCCAUGCUCUGAAUCAAUUCGAUAUCGGCCAGUCGGCCUUCCAAUGGGACCACAGCUUCAUUUCUUCACGUCAGUCAGAAGGCGUGGGCUUGACUUACUGGAGUUGGAGAAGAGCGAGCCAAUCUGAUGACCACCUUAGCCUUCAAGUCCUGGCGAAUGGAGAGAAGCAGGUUCUGGUGAGGUCCCAGCCCAUCAACAGCAGGGGAGCACGCCCACGAGCGCAAAUUGUCCACCCAGACUCGAUCGAUGGUUCAAAAACUCUUGUAUGGCUGGAGUCCACCAGAGCCACGGCGGACAAGCUCACAGAGUUCACGAGGCAGAUUGAUGCCUUUGAAGUCGCACAAACGUCCCCUGCUACUGCUGACUCGAGGUCACAACCCAGAUCUGAUGCCCAGGCUCCAGCUCAAGAUCCCAACCAGAUUGAUAUCAUCGAGCCGAACUGCACCCAGACAAUCGUGGCAACACGCCUGCGCUCUUCUCCUCGGAUGCUCUUCCUGUGGAGAUCACAUGAUACCACACAUCCCCAUGCCGUGAUUGUCUUUAGACACGGCAUACGGCAAAUACAUUUCCAUCCAUACCUACCUCAUGUCCUUACCAUCCUCACGAGUUCCAAGUAUCCAAGGAUAUAUGCAUGGUGUCAACCCAUCUUACCCCCCAUCAUGGGCUUGAUUCCUAUCGAUACAACUUCAUCAACGAACUUCUGUGGAGCCUGGUUGCCUGGAUGCGUUAGCCGCACCGACUCCUCCCGGCCCAACAGCACGACCGCUGGUGAUUGCCAAAGAUGUCCCUUCCUCUUCACCUCCGACACGGCGUUUGAAGCGGGUUACCUCUCCAGCGAUCAGGGACAAGUUGUCUUUGAAAGCAUAUUGCACCGCCCUUCACAACAAGACGGCGACCUGACUUUAGACAUGAAGGCCGAUGAGUCGACAACAGAAAUCAUCGAUACGCCGAGUCGGCCGAGCAAAAACCAACCUGGAGAGAGUGAGAGUGAAGUGUUCAAAAAAGCCCGCUUCAAUAUGUAUGAGAAUUAUGAGAAGAACAUGCCGGGUGGUUCCCUCCAUCAGCAGGCUGGGUACGGCCACGCUUGGUGA